AUGGAUUCAACACGCACCAAAGCACAAAACUCAGUUACGGAAGGCGAAAUUAACGAAGUUGUCGAAGUUAGGCGACCUGUUGUGCUUGGCCUUUUUGCAACGGGCAUUGUUCCAGCUGGUCAACCAAGAAGUCCUCCUAAUGUGCCGCAGCCGAUAGAAAUUGACACAUCGUCUCAUUUUGCGACUGAUAGGGAAGAGAACGACAGAGAUGAGUUGAUCAAAUGGGCUCGAAGCGUGUCGCAAAGUUUAAGGUUCGCAAUUAUAGUUAGGCGAUCCGAUUCGGGCGAGAAGAGAAAGGCUCAAUUGGUGUUAGAGUGUGAACGUAGUGGGAAGUAUGUUCCAGCCAAGAAGAAGUUGAAAUCCGAUACCUCCGGAACAAGAAAAUGCGAAUGUCCUUUCCGACUCCGUGGGUAUUACAACAAGGCAACAAAACUAUGGCGUUUGACUGUUGUCAACGGUAUGCAUAACCACGAGUUGGACAAAGGGCUUGAAGGGCAUCUCGUGGCGGGGCGUUUGAAACCACAAGAGAAGGAUUUUAUGGACGAGAUGACAAGGAAUGCGGUGGCUCCAAAAAACAUAUUGUCCACAUUAAAGGAGAGAGAUCCGGAAAACAAGACCUCUGCAAAGCAAGUGUACAACGCUCGUCAUAGGUACAGAGUUAAAAUGAGGGCGUCCAUGACUGAGAUGCAACACUUAUGCAAGAAGCUUGAUGAUAACAAGUACUACUACAAGUAUCGGACGGUUGUUGAAAAUGGAGUAGAACAUCUUCAAGAUAUAUUCUUUGCACAUCCGAGGUCCAUAACUUUAUUGAACUCUUUUCAUACUGUGCUGAUGAUGGACUCCACAUACAAAACCAGCAAGUACAAAAUGCCGCUGUUUGAAAUAGUCGGAUACACUUCGACCGAGAAGACAUUCAACGUUGCUUUUGCCUGGCUCAGUAACGAAAAGGAAGACAACUUUAUAUGGGCUCUGCAACAACUACGUUGUUUGUUAAGGCGUGAGACAAAUUUGCCGAAGGUUAUCUUGACGGAUCGAGAUUUAGCUUUGAUGAAUGCUAUUCCGGCUGUGUUUCCAGAAGCGGCGGCGUUGGUUUGUCGGUUCCAUGUUAAGAAGAAUGUGAGGACCAAGGCAGCCGAGCUGGUCAAGGAAGUUAUGUGA